AUGUCUCCCUUACGAGCAGAUGUUUUCACAGCCCCGUCUAUCCCUUUCGUUAUUCCUGGAGGAAAACCGGGUCAACAGUCACAUUGGUCUCCUACGACUGCCACGUUGAUCUCGGGAGAACGUGAAGCAAUUCUUGUCGAUGCCCUUUGGACAGUUCAGCAGGCAAAUGAUUUGGCCGAUUGGAUUGCAUCGACCAUCCCUGGGAAACGACUCACAACUGUCUACAUUACUCACGGACACGGUGACCACUUUUUUGGCCUGAAAAUUCUCCGCAAACGCUUUCCUGGCUUUCAAACGUUGGCCACACCGCGUGUAAUCGCUCGAAUGAAGAAAGAGCUUGAGCCAAAAUAUUUCCAACGUGCGUGGGGAAAUCUCUUCCCCGAUCAGAUUGACCACGACUCUGUGCUACCCGAAGAGCUUGGAGAUAGUAAUGCGUUAUCGCUCGAAGGCCAUGUUUUGCAGGUACAUGAAGCUGGCGACUCGGAUACAACUGACACCACUUUCUUACACAUUCCUGAUCUCAAUUUAAUUGUCGCUGGCGACAUUGUCUACAACGAUGUGCAUCCGUUCUUGGGGGAAGCAGCUACGCCUGAAAGACGCCGCAGUUGGCUUGCGUGCCUUGAGAAGAUUGCAAAACUGAACCCGCAUACAGUAAUUGCAGGGCAUAAGAGAGAUGGAGCCGUUGAUGGAAGCGAUAACGUCCAGGCCACAAUCGAGUAUAUCGAGACAUUUGAGAAGAUGCUUUUGCAGACCAAGGAUGCAACUGAGCUGUUCCAAAGAAUGUCCGAGAAGUAUCCGACUCGCAUCAAUCCGCAGGCGCUGACAGUAUCAUGUCGGAAUGCAUGGUCAGCAAAGAAGAGAGCUGAGAAAACUGUAACCAAGCUUUAG